GUUCUACAUUUGGCGCUGAUGCUAGUUAAAAGACCGCUCUUAGAUUUUUCUCUGUACCAAACAUUAAAUUUGCGAAAAAAACUCAUAAGAAUGAAGACAGUCCGAGAUUUAUCAAAUUCGAGAAUUCCUCAAGACUGAGAGCUCGACAAACGGACUGACUUGUUGGAUCUCGUGCGUAAAUUCGAGAUUUUUUCUCUCACGGUUGAGGUUAGAAACGCUUUCCGGACAUUCUAUUAUUAUACGACAUCCCGAAUCCACAGGUAUCGACGCGGUGAGUGGACACGCGGGACACGCCUGGCGAUGAUACGGCGAAUUUACAGCCGCAUAAGAUACAGCAACGUGAAUCAUGCACGAAUGUGAAGAUGAACGGUACAAAACACAAAAUAUGCAUGGUUUCAGAUUUCUUUUAUCCAAACAUGGGUGGUGUUGAAGAGCACAUUUUCAAUUUGUCCCAAUGCCUACUGGAGCAUGGACACAAAGUAGUGAUACUUACCCACUCCUAUGGGGAUAGGGUAGGAAUAAGAUACAUGACAAAUGGUUUGAAAGUAUAUUAUAUCCCUGUCAAGGUUUUCUACAAUCAGUGUGUUCUUCCAACGAUGAUUUGCUCUCUUCCACUCAUUAGGUAUAUCUUUAUAAGAGAGGAAAUACAGAUAAUACAUGGUCAUUCCGCAUUCUCUGCUUUAGCACAUGAGGGGAUGCUGAUUGGUAGAUUAAUGGGUCUGAAAACAGUUUUCACGGAUCAUUCUCUUUUUGGUUUUGCGGAUGCAUCCGCCAUCUUGACAAACAAGUUUCUCGAAAUAUCGCUAGUUGAUUGCAAUCAUUGCAUAUGUGUGUCUCAUACUGGAAAGGAAAAUACAGUAUUACGAGCCAAGGUGCAAAAGGAAAAGGUAUCGGUUAUCCCGAAUGCCGUCGACACCGCAUUAUUUACGCCUGACAUCAGUAAACGAAACAACGAUUUUAUUACCAUAGUUAUAAUAUCGCGAUUGGUGUAUAGAAAGGGUGUUGACCUUUUAGCCCACAUAAUACCCGAAAUCUGUUCACGUCAUAAGAAUGUACAAUUUCUAAUCGGCGGAGAUGGUCCGAAAAGAUGGCUCAUAGAAGAGGUGCGGGAAAGAAAUCUAUUGCAACACAGAGUUACCUUGUUAGGCAGUCUAGAGCACUCUCAAGUCAGACACGUUCUGAACAAGGGCCAUAUCUUCCUGAAUACAAGUCUGACAGAAGCUUAUUGUAUGGCUAUUGUAGAAGCAGCUUCUUGUGGUCUACAAGUAGUGUCGACGAAAGUUGGAGGUAUUCCGGAAGUUUUACCACCAGAUCUAAUUUAUCUUGUGGAACCCACUGUACCUGCAUUAAUUGAAGGGCUGGAGACAGCUAUAUUGGAUUACAAAAAGGGUAAUGUUGAAUGCCCUUUUGAAAUACAUAGAAGGAUAGGUUUAUAUUAUAAUUGGUUUAAUAUUACUAAACGUACGGAAAUAGUGUACAAUUUAGUGAAAUGUGAAGCGAAGAGAAAUCUAGGGCAGCAAUUAGCUAGUCAAAUACAAAGCGGCGUAUUGGCCUAUCUGCUUGUGGUCUCGUUGUGUUAUAUAAUAUUACAAAUUCUGGAAUUUCUCGUCCCAAGAAAGUAUAUCGAUAUUGCACGAGAUUACAACAAUAUUCAUGUUGUACCAUCCAAUGGGAAAGGAAAAGAAGAUUAAUAUCAUCAUAAAUGUCUGAAAUAUAAACUUCUCAAUGUGUUCAAGUAUUUUAUUCUAUACUUCGAAAAUAUUCCAGAAAACUCAUUUUCUGAAAAAAUGACUGUUAUACAGGUAAUCAUGGUAUAUCUCCGCGUAAGAAGAACAAUCUCUCUCAUCGUUGCAUUUAUUAUUAAUAAAUUUUUUAAGAAAUAUAAUUAUGUACACACGUGUAUAUAUGUGUGUGUGUGUGUGUGUGUGUGUGUGUGUUGUGUGCGUGUGUGUAGACAGUGUUGUACACAGAGAGAUAACAAUACGCAAAGUACAAAUGUCACGAUAUACUUGUAUGUAUAUAAGAUUAUAACUGAAAAACUAUAACAAAUUUUAUUUGUUAUAUCAUCUUGCUUUUGUAAUUUGUAUCACUUUAAAAUAAACGGCAUUUAUGGUAGUCAACA